AUGAGGACUCUUUCCCAACUCUUUUACGUUGGAGUUGCAAUACCCUCGAAGGAUGCGGGGUUAACGCCGCAGGUCUCGAACGCACGGCCGCGGUUUCUGCGGACUUGUUUCCUUGCACGAGCAGGGCAGCGUGCAGGAAGACUUCACGGGACGGGUGCCGCUACGCGCGUUCGCAACCGGCAGAGUGCAUCACUCGGACGUCGAAUCCAGCGCGUGCGGCACUCAAGUACGUUGUUGGCCCUGGUACCGAUGCUGCCGUCGCUAGAUCGGCUCCCGAGUGCAGACGAGUUGGUAACGUUCUUGUUUCAGGUCUCAAUCAUCCCGUACGCCGGGUUUCUGUACGUGCUAUGGACGCGAGAACGAACGCUCACGACGAUCACCAAGAUCGGUUUGUCGUACCUGCUAGUUUUCGUUCUGGGCACAAUCGUCGCCGGGGUGAUUGCUUUGCGGGUAUAUCACGAGAAGCUGGCAAAUGUAGACUACCUACACGGCACUGCAGAGAUGCUGCUCACCAUGACAAACAUCUGCAUCCUGAUGGGUGUGAAAGAUCAGGCAUUGAACGAGGAUGCUGGGGAAUGA